AUGCGGGCCUCGUGGUGGAUUGGAAUCUGCGCUCUGUUCGCCCCAUCGGUCACCUCAACCGAGACAGCAGCAUUCUCAGAACCAUACACGGUCGAAUCGAAUCGGCGUGCCUUUGAAGUGCUUCAACUACUCAAGCGAGCAGGCAACAACUGUCCGUGGGGAUAUACGCCUUGCACUAGUGAGGGGAAUUCCAAUGCUUGUUGCAGACCAGACACCAACUGCUCGGUCGAUGCCGCCAACAACAUAGCCUGCUGCCCCACGGGCGCCGUUUGCACAGGAACCUUGACCGGCGCCUCGACUGCCACCCAGACUGGUAGCAGCUUCAUGUUCCCACAUGGCGCGACCGCGACGACGACAUCCAGCACGACCGCCCCGCAUGGCGCCGCCGUCACCGGAUCUAUUGUUGCUGGGGCAUAUCCCUUUGUCUACGUACCGACCACCUUCCCCAACUCCGCAGUCUGCUCUUCGUACUACUCGCUCUGUCAGUCCGAAUAUACCCAAUGCACCGCGAACCUCAUGGGCCGCUACGGAGUGACGGUCGGCGGAGUGGGCGGAGCUGGUGUGACGGUGGAGGCCGUGACUGCGACCUCCCAGGCGACUUCCAUCUGCUCGAGUCUCAGCCAACAAGCCUGCCAUGGCCUUCAAUUAAACUACUGCGCCAGUGUGGCGACCGGUGCCACUUCGGAGCCCAAUGGGAAUGGUGCGCUAUUGGCGCAAUCUACGAGUUUGUACGACUUGAUGGCGGGCGUGAUGGUUGGCAUCGCCGCUGUCUUUAUCUGA